AACCGACCAAGGCGGCAGCAAUGUUUUUAAGAUUAGCGAGACAUCUACAAAAAGAGGCCCAAGCUCAACACAAUAAUUCUGAAUUCACAGAAGAACAAAAGAAAACCAUAGGCAAAAUUGCAACAUGCUUGGAAUUACGAAGUGCAGCUUUACAGUCCACACAGUCCCAAGAAGAAUUUAAACUGGAGGACCUGAAGAAGCUAGAACCAAGUAAUUACUGGAAACCCAUAAGGCUAGAUAUGAAGCACAUGCUUAUAGCACCUCUCCAACGUAGGCAGAAGAGUAGAACUCCUCUCUUCCUAAAGAAUAUUCUUACCUAUAACAAAGAAUUCCCAUUUGACGUUCAGCCUGUCCCCUUAAGAAGAAUUUUAGCACCUGGUGAAGAAGAGAAUUUGGAAUUUGAAGAAGAUGAGGAAGAGGGUGGUGCUGGAGCAGGGUCUCCUGAUUCCUUUCCUGCUAGAGUUCCCGGUACUUUAUUACCGAGGUUGCCGUCGGAACCAGGAAUGACGUUACUAACGAUCCGAAUUGAGAAGAUCGGUCUGAAAGAUGCCGGGCAGUGCAUUGACCCCUAUAUCACAGUCAGUGUGAAGGAUCUGAACGGCAUAGAUUUAACUCCUGUGCAAGAUACUCCUGUGGCUUCCCGAAAAGAAGAUACAUACGUUCACUUUAACGUGGACAUUGAGCUCCAGAAGCAUGUUGAAAAAUUAACCAAAGGUGCAGCUAUCUUCUUUGAAUUCAAACACUACAAACCUAAAAAAAGGUUUACCAGUACCAAGUGUUUCGCCUUCAUGGAGAUGGAUGAGAUUAAACCUGGGCCCAUUGUAAUAGAACUAUACAAGAAACCCACUGAUUUUAAAAGAAAGAAAUUGCAAUUAUUGACCAAGAAACCACUUUAUCUUCAUCUACAUCAAACUUUGCACAAGGAAUGACCCUGCCAUGAGUAACCUGGAACUUCUGUGAAUUCUACCACUCACUAGAACCAUCGUAGCUCUGUAGAAUCCUCUCCCUUCAGCAGGCAGGAAGCAGGCCGUGCCAGGCCAGCGGGCCAGAGGGAGCCCACUGCAAAGCUGCAGCACAGAACCCAUGUCCAGCACGUCACUGACAUGUCAGACUCCUUUGGAUACAGGCUUAUUGUAGGUUUUGAAACAUGUUUUUACUUUUUUAUUGAGUGUGCAGUUAAUAUUCUCCUUUCUAAUUGACCACUACUGCCCUGCUUCCUGGAACAACACUAUUGUGGGUAGGAUGUGCUCAUCUUCAAACUUACUACAGCAAUAAGAAUGUACUAGAGUUUACACGUCUAUUCCCUUCUGCUCCACUGCGCUCUUUUGGUUUUUUGAAUCAAGGUCAAACUUUGGGCCGAUGUGGGUAGGAUAGUGUGGAACUGCUUUGGAGAGUUUGGACCAGCUAUGCUGUCCCAGAAGUAAAUUUCUAGGCUGCUGCUGGAAGGUGGCCUAAGUUCACCUGAUCUCAUCCUUCUCCUGCGUAGAGUGUGCCUUGGCCAGAUCAGUACCCGUAUGGGAGUGUUCCCAGGUUGUAGCUGUGAUUUCCCCAGAGGACAAGAUUGUUUCAGAAAGUGAGCAUAUUUUUAGUCGUGUUGAUUUGCUCUUCUUCUACAUCAUAUUGUUAUUCAUUCUGAUAGUGAUUCUAGGGUUAGCGCGGAACCAUCUCAGAAUAAUUACCAAUUUUUAGGUGGGUUAAUAAUGUCUUCUAAAUCAUGUAAUCUAAACAUAAUUUGAGUCAGAUGCUAACGAGAUACUGCAGGAAUAACUGCUGGUUUUCUGACAACUGAUUGUGAAACCUGCAUACCUCUUACAGCGACAAGUAUGCGAAAUUUAGAGAUACUCUAUUUUUUUUAAUUUUUUUUUUUUUUUACAUAGGUACAUAGGAUUGCCAUUUAUUUCCUGUUUAGAUAUAUCACCAUUCAUCCAUAUGGAAAUAUGCAGGUCAUUAACUUGUUAUAAUUUGACUAUUUACAUUAUUUUUUACUUAAUGGGGCAUAAAUAAAACUUUCAUAGUAUACACGAGGCGCCUGUUUGAUACACAGAACAUUAAAUCGGGGCGGGCUUUCUGUAGAGCCCACAUGUUUCAUGUCACUACUUUCCAUGACCAGUGCUGGCCCGCGGGGAAUGUGGUGCAGUACUUGGCCUGUUGUUAAACUAGUGUAAUAACCUGUCAUACUGUUCAGUGGGUUUGCUUUUUAAAAUAAGUAACCACAAUUAAGUUGUCCCAGCCCUUGCACUUCAAGAGAUUUAAUCUUUCAUUUGUCCGUUGGGUCAAUUCUGUUUACUGAGAUAGAUGUCGGAAACUUUAGGAGCCUGAAAGAAUUCUCAGCCAGGUUUAGUCUGGUCUCUCAUCUUGAUCAGAUUAAUUUCAAAAUGGUUCCGUCCACAAUAGCUGGAGGGGAUGAGGAAUUGCCUUAAAUAACUUCGUUGUUCACUCAACUCUUAGACUGUGAGUUGUCAGCCCCCCAGACUGUAAGCUCCUUAAGGGGCAAGAACCACACUUCCUCCCGUCAUGUAAACUGAGGUAGGGGCAGCGCUCCGUACCCUGCUGGACUCAGGACCUUUUGUUUGAUGUUGCUGACAAGACCUAAAAAAUUCUCUCUCCAAAAACCUAUUAAAAUGUAGCAAAACCGA